AUGACGCUGAAAAUUGCGACUGCAGUCAAAUCCACCGCCAGCAGCUGCUCGACCAUGUCCGCCCGCUCGCAGCCCUACACCGCGCACCGUCCUAGUCUCGACAGUGCAGACCCUGGCAAUAUCAGCUUCUUUCAGCCAAACGCUUGCCGUCUCUCAUCGCGCAUUGCUCAGAGGCAUCCAGGGGUUGACCAAAGUCCGCGGACAUUGAGGAGUCCAUUUGAACACGGGUGGCUGGAAGCGGACGUCGCUCGAUGCCCAUCCACGCUUGAAGCGUCGUUUCUACCCUUCCUCCAACCGCGGUCUAGGAGAUCUUCGACGUUACCGAGUCCUUCGUCCUAUCUUCGCACUGGAACCGCAAAGGCCCCAAAUAUCCAGCGCAAACAGUCGUUUAGCGUGACGCCAAAGAGGACCGGGAAUUUCCUUCGUCGAAUCUUUGGUCUGCAAGUUCCACAACCGCGAGGCCAUUUGAAUCCCGAUGAUCUCCCCCCUAGCGGUGGAUUCGAGGAGGGGCAGGAGUGCAAUCCGUUUACUGUUGGGAGAAAGCUGGCGCUGAAAACUUCGAACGAGCCUCGGUUGCGGUGCACGGAAUUCGAUGAGAAUGGCAAUGUCACGCUCGUGAGCGAGGAGUUUAAAAAGAGCGAACUAAUUCAGAAGUAUGGCCUUCUCCCUCGCGAUCUUCGAAAGAUCGAUUCUUCCGUGAUACCACACAUACUCGUUCGUCACAGUUCGAUCCUGAUUAGCUUGCUCCAUCUUCGAGUGUUAAUAAAGGCCAAUCGCGUGCUUGUUUUUGACGCGUACGGCUCGGCGGAUACUUAUACACAAUCUCUUUUUAUGUAUGACCUCGAGGGGAAACUCCGUCAGAAGGACCCACCCGCUCCAAGGCACGCCGUAGCCUCAGGCGCACUACCAUAUGAGUUUCGAGCUUUAGAAGCAGUUCUGGUUAGUGUUACUAGCGGACUUGAGACGGAGUUUGAAGGAGUCCGGGAACCCGUUGUGCGGGUUCUCCGGGCCCUUGAAGAAGAUAUCGAUCGUGACAAACUGAGGCAUCUUUUGAUUUAUUCGAAACGACUCGGCACAUUUGAGCAAAAGGCGAGAUUGGUUCGAGAUGCAAUUGAAGACUUGCUGGAAGCGGACGACGACCUCACUGCGAUGUAUCUGACCGAACGAUCCAAUGGUGUAAGGCGAGACGAGCAUGAUCAUCAGGAAAUAGAGAUGCUGUUGGAAUCGUACCAUAAAGUGUGUGACGAAAUUGUUCAGGCUAGCGGGAACUUGGUUACAAAUAUCCGUAAUACUGAAGAAAUUGUGAAAGCAAUUCUCGACGCCAAUCGCAACUCUCUCAUGCUUCUCGAACUCAAAGUCAGUAUCGGAACGCUUGGUUUAGCCGUCGGCACUCUUCUCUCCGCGCUUUACGGAAUGAACUUGAAGAACUUCCUCGAAGAGUCAGACCUCGGGUUCGGCGCCGUUUCCGCAGUCUGUUUCGUUUCUUCCGCCUUUGUUUGCAUAUACGGACUCAUGAAGCUGCGCAAGGUGCAGCGUGUGAGGAUGUGGGGUGAAGGCGGUACGCACGAUCCUUACAUGGGGGGACUAGGUCUGCGCGGCUCGCCGGCACUGCCUGCUCGAAGGAACUGGCGCUCCGAUUCGAUCGAUCCGGCGUGGACGGGGCUACAGAUCGAAGGCCGCUCGCCGAGGAUACGAAAGGUCAGAGGUGCAGCGGCGACUGCCGCACAGGCUGGCGCGUCCAGCGUUUCAGGGGCCAAACGUGCCGCCAAAUCAUCUCCAGCACAAUCACGGCCCUCGAAGGCAAAGAAACAGGAACUGCAACCUGAAUGUCGUCCCGAGGAGUUUCCAGAGCCGGAAUCUACCGUGGGUAGUGCGGCGUACAGUUCUUCGCGUUAG